UAACAAAACUGAAGUCAGAGCAGCAAAAACCCAUGUGUUAGGUGCGCCGCCAAUCCGCUGGCUGCAUAGGCUGGGUUGCUAGGGGGCGGCAGUUACGGAAAUGAAGACGUGUCAGGAUUGGCUAGAAGCCUGACAGAGUAAGAUGGCUUCUCUGGACAGAGUGAAGGUUCUGGUUCUGGGGGAUUCAGGAGUCGGAAAGUCUUCCCUGGUGCAUCUGCUGUGUCAGAAUCAGGUUUUGGGGAACCCCUCGUGGACAGUUGGCUGCUCAGUGGAUGUGCGGCUCCAUGAGUACAGGGAAGGCACGCCGGAGGAGAAGACUUAUUACAUUGAGCUGUGGGACGUGGGGGGGUCUGUUGGCAGCGCCAGCAGUGUGAAGAGCACCAGGGCCGUGUUUUAUAAUGCAGUAAAUGGGAUCAUCCUCGUUCAUGACUUGACAAACAAGAAGUCAUCUCAGAACCUUUAUCGCUGGUCGUUAGAAGCCCUGAACCGAGACCUGCAGCCAACGGGGGUGCUAGUCACUAAUGGGGACUACGACCGAGAGCAGUUUGCUGAUAAUCAGAUCCCAUUGUUGGUCAUCGGAACCAAACUGGACCAGAUCCCAGAGGCGAAACGCAGUGAGGUCUUGACGCGAACCGCGUUUCUAGCGGAGGAUUUUAAUGCUGAAGAGAUUAAUCUCGACUGUACCAACACGCGCUGCCUGGCUGCUGGCUCUUCCAACGCCGUCAAACUCAGCAGGUUCUUUGACAAGGUUAUUGAGAAGAGAUACUCACGGGAAGGAAAUCUGAUCCCUGGUUUCUCCGAUCGCAAGCGCUUUGCGGGGGGCAACUUUAAGAGUCUGCACUAUGACUAAACAGGGGCCCCUCGUGGUUGGACUGUGCGGAGUGAGGAACCUGGAGAUUUGUCUUCUGUGGGCCCUGUCACAAUGAGCAGUUUGGCUCUUCCGUCCCAUCUGGGGCCCCGCUGGUAGACUCCAUGCAUCAGCCCUGAGGAGGGGCCGUCCUUGCUUUUGCCCCCAAAGUACAACUACAGACUCUGCAGCUGCAGUCUAUAGGCCAGUCCCAAGGGCAGGAACCCCCACGGGGGGUAAAUAAGAACCAAGGAACCCGCCAACCGGAUCGAUGCCUCUUACGGCACAGGAAAUAAAACUUUAUCCAAUUAUUGUACGGGGGCUGAAUAGUGAGCUGUAAGUGAGCCUUAGGGGGGGUCAUAUGGACUCCCACAUAGAGAGGAGCCUGGGGGAGUGGGGUCCCGUGGGAACAAGUUGGUGUCGGUUCUGAGUGGGAAUGAGUGGAAUCAUUACAUACAGUGUAUUUCAGUAACAAUAAACUCUCAGUAUAUACAGGUG